AUGGCGGCAGCGAGACGCAGGACGAAAGUUCGCCGUCACUGUCGCCAGGUGACGGUCUACAUGACCUACCAUGUCAUGCCGCUCCUCCCAUGUGGCCUCAUCUUCCACACGGGCGUCGUGGUUGGCCACCACGAGUUUGCCUUCGGGCAAUCUGGCGUCCGUGUGGUGGGGUCCGGAUGCGACCCGGCUUUCCAAGAUGGCUGGUCGCAUUCCGUCAUGAUCGGUGUGGCGCGUGGCGAGACUGCCAACGCGGCCAUCUCCGCGGCGGUUCGGCUGUGGAGGACGGAAUGGAACCCAUUUUGUGUCAUUGCUUUCAUGGGCCGUGGAGGCCCAUGCAUGACUGUGCUGACAGGACAAUUGGCUAAUUUGUCCUCUAAUCGAACUGCCAGGAUUUCGCCGUAUGGCUGGUCCGGGCGAGAAGGAGAAGCUCCGGGCCGCCUUCGCUGCGCUGCCGGUGGCAAAGAAGGAGAUCGAGCUUUGAUCCGAGGCCUCGGCCUCGGCAAGCUGGUGGUGGCCUUUCUCCUGAGUGCUUCGGAUCUUCCGCCGCAAAAAAGCAGAGGUCGCUGCACUUCGGUAUACAGUCUUGGUCUUGAGUACAUGCAGCGUUGGCAAAUGCACAGAGUUGCGCACAUGCUUCUGCACGUAGAACAAUCCCCUCGCGAAAAAACCAUUAAAAACCAUGUUGAAAGGCCCCGAGCGACCUUUCAUCAGGGUCUUGAGCAGCACUCAGUCUAG